AUGCUGCUCCUUGUCAACCCAAAGAGCAUGGACACCACCAAGAAGACCGCACCACCCAUCCCAGGUGUCGAACACGUCACGUGUCAAGAGCAAGCCGACCAUCUGCAUCACCUCUACCACAGCUGGAAAGAACUCCUCGGCACGCCCAUCACAUCAACUGAUGCGCGCAUCAUCGCCGGCAUCGCGCUCCUCCGCGAGGCAAUCGCAGGCUGCCACCUCGCCUUUCUCGAGCUACCAUAUUAUUCAGAAGUGACCAAAGGCUACUGGCUUAAGCUGCUAUUCUAUGGCCAGCAAGCCAUCCACGCGUUGGCAUUCACUGUCGCUAAGUUCUGUGAUUUCGAGACCAAGAACGCGAAGCCAACCGGUCCAUAUCCUGUCAUGCGCAAGGAAGACCCCUUCAACAUCGUCCCUCAGGUCACGAAUGAGAGACUACUGCGGCAGUGGGCGAUGGCGAUGUACCUCGAUCUCCAGCACAUCACGUCUUUCUUCGGCGAGGCGUUGGAUGCGGCUGAGCAGAGCCUGCAGAUUGGACUAGGUGAUGACAAGACGAUUCAACUUGUUGAGGGUCGGAAUGGUGCAGACGCUGUGCGCACGCCAGGGCUUGAGAGAACGGUGCACCUGCAUCUUCCACCUGUUCCCGAGGAGGCGGUCGACGAUAUGUGGAGGCUAGGCAGCGCGUCAAGCAUGAUUUACUGCUUGACAAACCUGGCGGCGAUUUUGUCAAGGGCGUUUGAGGGGGCGGAUGUGCAAUUGUGGGGCCAUAAGGUGCCGGCUACGGAGAGGGAUAUGAUGAUGCGGUUGAAGGUGCCGAAGGAGUGGAAGUAA